CGGCCGCUAUGAGCGCACAAAGCCCGCGGCUGCCGGAACCCUCGGCCCCGCCGCGUUCGGCCGCUGGAUCCUGACACCCCUGGGGCCCCGGGGCCCGAGCCGCUCGGCGCGCUGCGCUCCGGCCACCAGGUGGGAGUCGAGAGCAUUUCCUAGCGCCCGAGCCAUGGUGGCCAAACAGCGCAUCCGGAUGGCUAACGAGAAGCACAGCAAAAACAUCACCCAGAGGGGGAAUGUAGCCAAAACCCUGAGGCCGCAAGAAGAGAAAUAUCCUGUGGGACCAUGGCUGUUGGCACUGUUUGUUUUUGUUGUCUGCGGCUCAGGAGCCUUGUGGAGAAGGGUUCGGAGGCCUCCCCAGAGCUCUGUGAUGAGUAUGCCGCUGUACAUCAGUAAUGUUUGACCCGAACACGGCAGUGACAGCAGGGUCCCAACGCUGGCCUACCCAUCUUAUAGUGUCAGUGCCACAGUGUUCACAGGACAACUGUCUUCAGCAUUUUUGACUUUCCUCUUGGACUAGAAGUUUCACCUGGACUCAGUGACAGUAGUUCUUUCCCUUCACAUGCAGUUGACCAGACAGUAUGUUAGCGCUUACAUGUGUCUCGUGAUCCUGUUGCAUCAUUCACCUCUCCUGAGCCCAGGUGUGUCCCUGAGUGUGGACAGGAGGCAGCAAGCUGAGAGCCGUCUUCUCUGUCCUCGCCCCUCACUGAGGUUCCAACCGGGGUCAAUGGAACCACCAUUUAAUCCCCAUGAUGCUGUGAUUCUCAGAGGGAAACUCUUACACACCAGCCACACCCCACCUCCCUCCCUCAGACUGCUUCUCCCUCACCCGUCCCUCAUUUCAAUUGCAUUUCUCUCUCUCUGGCCGAAUCUGAUACUCACUUCCUAAUUAGAGAUUAUGUGAAUUUUAGUCAUUCUUGAAGUCUGGCUUUUCUUGAAACUGAUGAGCUUAUAUCCCCCAUCAAAGGGAAACCUCUAGGGGAAAAGGAUUAACCAGUGACUUAUUUCCUUCCUAAUUUUCUAUAGUUUCCAAUUUUGUCAAUAAGCAUAUAUUACUUGUAUAAUCAGAAAAAAAUAAGUGUAUUUUGAGAGCAAAAUUGCUAAACUCUUGGUUUUAGCCUUUUCUUUUUUUCUUCUUUAAAGCAGUAGACUUUUCUUUCUUUUUUUUUUUUUAGAGUAGUAGACCUCUUUGUUCAAAUCUUAGAGGGAAACAAAAGAAAAGCUGUUCUGGCUGAAGCAGGAUCUGUCAUGUGUCUGUGUUUAUGUCUGUGUCUGUGUGUGUCUUUGUAUGUAUGAUGUCUGUGUGUGUUUGUGUAUGUGUAUGUUUGCGUGUAUCUGUGUGUGUGUUCAUGUGUCUCUGUUUGCAUGUGUGUGUCUGUGUGUAUUUUUGUAUGUGUGUUUGUGUGUGUGUGUGUGUGUGUGUGUAUAGGGGUGCCUCCUGUGUUGCUGGAUAUACUGAUUUUUUAUCAUCCCCAGAAGGGAAUACACAUCUGGACCCUCUUUGCCCAUCAAAUAGGAAACUGUGUCCGGCCCGGCGCUGGCCUCUGUGAUUCCAGAGUUAAGGCCUUUCCCAAAGAGCCUACUAGGUUCCUUUGGCACCAUCAGUUGUGAGUAGCUGCACUGUUUCUGGGCAGGGACGUUCCCUUUGUCUGGCAGUUAACAGACUGUACUCUUCUCCUGUAUCUGGUAGGCAUUCUGCCUGCCGGGGCAGGACUGGGGAGAGAUAACGUGUCACAGCCUGGACCGUUUUUCAGGACAACCUAUUCAGAACAGAUAAGGAAAGUGAUUCCCUGAGACGUUCUAAGCUGGGCCUGAAUGCCUCCUGUCCUCACGGCCUCCUGUUUCGGGUGGUCCAGUGGUCUCCGUUUAUGUUUGCACUGGAGGCCUCUCCGUUUCUGGAAGAGCCCACAGCCCCACCCUCCCUAGGACGGGCUGUUUUGUUAAGGAUGCUGUGGAGGAGGGACAGGACUAAGUGCUGUGUGAACCAGCUCCAGGGACAGCCUCCUUGGGUUGGAAACCCGGCUCUGCCACCUACUAGCCGUGCAGCCUUGUCCAAGCUACUCACCCACACGCCCACUCCAAGCCUCAGUGUCGUCCAUUCUUAAAAGGGAUAGGUUCCUACCCGAAAACUCCUAGGAUCCUCAUGAAAAUCAAUCCUGAGGAUGAAAUGAGACAACGCAUGCCACACGUUUAGUGGAGUCCUGGUAAUAGUUUUACAAAUGUUUGUCGUUAUUGUCAUUAUGUUGACGGCCCUUAGUUGCACUGUCGCCUUGCCUCUCAACCCGCCUGGCGAGGUGCCGACCAAGAUUCUGAAUGCUUGCAAGGAAAGAAAGCUAACAUUUUGUCCUUUGUGAUGGGGAGAAAACUUGGGGGAGCAGAGCUCUGAGAUACUGGGGAAGCUGCAGGAACCCCAGCUCCCACCUGGACAGGGAGAGGGCAGGGUUUGCCGGCCAGAGGUCAGUGGUGUCACCUCUGCAGGGACAGCUAGAGCUGGAGCCUCUUCUCUCCUUCUAGAAAGAACUCUUUAAAAACUAGCCAAUGGGGGCGAGCAGAAUCUAUUCAUACAACUAUUUUGGCUACCGUUUCUUGAGUACCUAUUCUAAUGCCAGGUCCUACACUUAUAUUUUCUUUUCUCAUCACACAGUCCCUACAAAGAAGCUAUGGUACUCAUUUUUCCAAAUCACAAAACAGAGGUUCAAAGAGGAAAUCAACCAGCAUCCCGUAGCUAAAAAGAGAGCUAACACCCAAACCUAAACUCCAAACCCAUCUGCCUUCUAUUAUCCUAUUAUCCUUCUCUCUUACCAUUUCCCCCAAAAUACCAUGGAGCAGAUUUUCCACCAACUUCAGGCCUCUAGCAUAUGACUGUGUAUUGAAAAGAACUCAUGUUAAAACAUCUCCUACUUUCCCUGCCAGAAAAUGUGCAACGUCCAGAGAUUCCAGCUGGACGGCCAUUCUCGGUCUGCUCGCAGGUGGACAAAGCCCUGACCCAGCCACGGGCUGCUUCUUGACUGGGCCACCGGGGUACUCCAUCACCUUGCUCUGUCCUGGACGCUUGCUCCAGGACAAAUUUGAAUUCACCGUGUUUGCAGGUCGACCACAUAAGCACUGGCCUUUCCUGGAGACUGCCUGAACUAUCUUGAAAUUGUGACACCCAGAGGGAGUCACAGCCCCAAGAUGCAAGUUUGAGGAACUCAGCAGCCCUGGAGCAACCUUUCCAUUCCACCACAAAGGAAAGCUUGAGGACAUGCGUCUGCUCUGGAACUCCUGCCUCAGGAUCUGAGAUGCACGGUCUGGAAAAGAUGUCUCAUCAGCCAUUGGCUCCCUCAAGGUGACCUGCGGCCUCGCUUGUCAUGUGCUUCCCUCUGCCCUGGGGCCCUGCGCCCCUGGGGCCCUUUGGGUUUGUGUAUGGUUUCCUUCUCGGAAGAGUGCUCUGCUGUCUGCCAUCUUAAUGUGGAGAGAGCAUCCCAUUCUUUGCUAAUACGAUCUCUCUUUCCACAGUGCCCUGCUGCCCUCACCUAUCCCUGGCUUCCCUCUCUUUACCCUCUUCUCCAUCUCUGGAGAAGCCAUGGGGAAGUGACAUCUUGCCUUUGACUAUCUUUGUGCUAAUUCUUUCAGGGAGCUUAAUGACCCACCUUGGCGAUGUCUUGUCUCCUAACAUCUCUGCUUUUUUUUCUCAAGGCCCAGACUUUUCUUACCAAUGCUUUCAUUUUUUUUAAAUGAAAAAUAAUCAAAGUUGUGUGAAUUCUAGAGUCGGCUUAUCCUCCUAAAGGAUGUUCCUCUGGCCUGUCUUGAUCUCUCUUCUCAGCAACUCCCUUGAUCUCGCUUAUCGUCCACCAUUUACUUUCAAUAAAGGUGGUUUUCGGAAGGCCCCAUUGUCUGGCAGGGUUCCAGCUUUCUGACAGUCUCCUAGGGGAUCCACUUGUGUCAUCUCUGUGUCCUUUGGGCACUCUCAGUUAGCUGGGGUGGGGCAGUCCCCAGGGAAGCGUGGAUUGGGCUGGCCCAGCUCCCGGCCUUAAGGGGUUUAUGUUCUCGACUUGUGACUGGACUUCCCCUCAAGAACUGAGCUCUUGGAGCAAUUGAAUCUCAAGGUCGCCAUUUGAUGCUGAUUCUUUAGGUCUGAAGAGUAAUCAGUUGAGGUUUUUAAAAUGUAUCUUCCUCCACGCUGUUUGCAAUUUUUCACCGUUCAGUCCUUCAGUAAAUUUUUACUGAGGACCUACUAUGUGCCCAGUGCUGAGCUUAGGCCCAGGGGUAGAGCUGGGGGCAAAAUCAUCCCUGCUCUCCUGGAGCUUGUGGUCUCGUGGGGAAGAAAGAUGAGUCAAACAAAUAAUUAUGCUGCAACAUGUAAAAUUUCAGGCAUGAAAAUGUUUGAAGGAGAGGAACAUAGGGCUGCGAAAGCAUAGACAGGCCAACCUUGGAAACAUUGCGGGUUCGGGUCCAGACCACUGCAAUGAAGCUAAUAUCGCGAUAAAGCAAGUCACGUGAGUUUUCGGUUUCCCAGUGCACAUAAAAGUUCUGUUUACAUUAUACUGUAGUCUAUUAAGCAUGCAGUAAAUAGCAUUAUGUCUAAAAAAAAGGUAUACAUACCUUAAUUUAAAAAUGCUUUAUUGCUGAAAAGCGCUAACCAUCAUCUGAGCCUUUCAGUGAGUCCUAAUCUUUUUGUAACAGUAACAUCGAAGAUCACUGAUCCCAGAUCGCUGUAACAAAUAUAAAAAUAAUGAAAACGUUUGAAAUAUUGUGAGAAUUACCAGAAUGUGACACAGAGGCACGAAGUGAGCAAAUGCUGGUGGAAAAAGUGUUGCCCAUAGACUUGUCACACACAGGGUUGCCACAAACCUUCAAUUUGUAAAAAAAAAAACAAAACAAAAUGCAAUA